GGGAAGAAAUGGAGAUAAAAGUGGGGAGCGACAAGAAGGAUGCUCUGGGCUUAUUGGUCUUGACGCUCGCCAGCCUCUUAACAGAUAUCGCUGCUGGCCAGGCACAGAGUCCUCCGCGUCAGGUGAACGGGGUCCUGGGAGGCUCCGCGCUUCUCUCGGUGAAUAUUGUACCGCAGACCAAAGUGAAGGAGAUUGAGUGGAGCUACCGGGCGGGGCCGGGGCCGGCGCUGCUGGUGGCUUUGUUCCGGGAUGGCAAAUUUGAACGGCCCGAUCCUAGCGACAGGUUCAAGCAGAGGAUAGAAAUGUACAAUGAGACCCUGAGGAUAAAGGCCCUGGAACUGAAUGAUAGUGGUGUGUUUGGAGCACGGGUGAAAUUGUUUCCAGCCAUAGUCGAGGACCAGAUCUUCCACCUGUCUGUCUACGAACCUGUUUCGACUCCCCGGAUACAGAGUCAGCUGGUAUCCAGCACUUCCAAGUGGUGCAACGUGACUCUACAGUGUCUGACACCUGGGAAGGGGCAGGUGAAUGUCACCUGGAGGAAAGGAAACCCAAUCCGAGACCUCAGCAGAGCCGACAGAUACCAGGUCUCUCCGGACGGCAGGACCCUCCGGCUCUCGCUGCUGCCCGCCUCUCUGAACACCACCUAUUCCUGCAUGGCCAGCAAUCCCAUCGAGCAUAAGAUUGUGUCCUUCGAUCUGCAGAGGAUCUGCCAGAGUGGAGCAGAUGCCUCCUUCUCCAAGUCUGGCUAUGUUGUUCUGACCUUCGUCCUCUUAGUGCUGAGUCUCGGGGCUGCAUUUUGGUGCUGGCGAAUCAACAAUGAGAAGUCAGCGGAGGCAGCUACCAUCCCAACCGUCCAAGUGGAGGAAAGUCCUUCCGACCCCCAGUAUGCCGAGAUCCUUCGGAGGAGCCCCCCAGAAGGUAACAAUAAGUCCCUCGGUCUCCAGGAAAAUAAUGCUGAGAAAAGCCCCCAGAAAGAACGGCUCGUCACAACCAUUUACGACCAGAUCCGAAGGACCCCAGACAACAACUCCUCUGAAGACGUCACAUAGGUCCUGGAACCAGCAAGAGGAACUUUGUCAAAGAUUGCCACUGCAGGGGCCUAGGACAAAUUAACGUGCUACGCAUCGCUUGGGACACUCCAAGCCAGCCCUUUUGGCACAGAGAGAGAGAGAAAGAGAAAACCCUCUAUGCUCAGACAAAAUUCUCUCUCCCCUUUUCAUUAUUUUCCCUGCUGGAAGCCCUUGCUCCAAGAUGGCAAAGGAUCUCUCACCACAGCUGACUUGAACCCUAGAAGGGCAUACAAGACGAGGAUUUACAGACCAUGGAGCAAACUGUUCUCCAGCCUAUGACACAAGCACAACAGAGUUCACUGCUGCCUCAAAAGAGGGGGAAGCGGAGAGUGGAGUUUUGAUCUAUCCAUAUAGAGCCCUGGGAGGGGGGGCUGACUGGAGAAGACUGGCAGGUUUCCUGCUGCCCCCCUGCAGAAUUAGAACCCCGUUUGAUCAGUCUAUGAACGAUCCACUUGAAGAGAACCAUUGCGAUGACGUGCCAUCAUGGGACUAUGUCCAUUGAGAGGGUAACUCAAGUUUCUAAUUGUGUUUCACAAUCUCAUUUGGGUUGCAAAGUGGGCUAGAAAUUUAAAAAUAAAUCGUCAAACUUACUUACAAACGUAUGGGAAAGAGAGCUGUCAAUGACAGCUGUUGCCAAGGUGAUCAACAGAUGUAGCCUUCUUUGCAGGAAAUCACAAUUCCUCUGACUGUGCGGAGCUCAGAAUGGCCUGGAUUGCUCCUGAGCUCUCUUACGGUUUUCCUUGGACUACUGUCAGCUAUGUGGAUCCUUCCUACCAGUUGGUAUGCAGGAUAUCGGUAUGGGGUGGACCUCAGUCAAUAUGGUAGCUUUGUUUAUCCCGAUUAAUUGAAAGCACAAAGAAAGUGUGAGAACAAACUAAAACCGUUACCUUCUGUCUAAAACCCAAUGGACAACAGUGAGGAGACGACGCUGAAAUGAGCAAGGAUUUGCUUAUCAUGAUCCAUGAACUAUGGCGGGAGUAAUUGUGAAUGUUGUUGAUUUGUGCCUGUUGGAAACGGAGGCGCACAAAAUGCUACUUUCAUCCGUCAAGAGAUCUUCAUAACAGGAGAACUCAAAGAACUCAAAGGUCCAGCUCUCCCACACCAUCCACUUCCUGUUGGUUGACCCUGUGUUUGUAGAGUUGACUUAUCUUGAAUUAGGACCCUCUCUUGGAUCAAUUUGGAGCUCAACUUGUGCUGCCCAAAAUGUGAUAUGCAGUUGUUAAAUGAGAGCAACUCAUUUGUGUUCCUCCCAUACCUUCCUUUGGAUAACUAGAAAACGUUAUUCAAAAAUGAUAUUUUUGGAGGGAAAUCUGGUUUUGGUGUUCUAUUUCCCCUCAUGUGGAAACUCUCAAAUGAUGGGUGUAGUUAAUUUGAAUCUCUUUGUCUGGCUGUGGGCAUAGUGUUUGAUCUUUUGGUGCAUCAUCCCUAAAGUUACUAAGAGUAGGAAGAAUCACAGGAGUCUGGAUUUCCCUCCUCAUGCAAGGAGGCAACGACAUGGAAAUCCCUUGCCACAUCCUACAACAGGUGCUGUAUCGCCAUAGAAACCAAGUGUGCAUUAAUUCUGUGUAAUGUGGUCAUCUCAAAUCUGGCUCUUGUCCAUUCCUUCUAGAUUUCCCAUGAGGCUUUGCAAUGUGUAUGCCUGGGGCCAAUUUUGUGUUGCAUCUUGACUUCUCUGGAAAAAAGAUCUGAAAAGUCUGAUGGUCAUUUGGUUGCAAAGGGGAGGGGGGCACGAAGUCUGCAUUUUAAUAUCUGUAAGGAUAUUGCUUGAUUUCCAUGUUUACUCUGCCCUGUUCUGUACACUUAGAGUAACAUACAUUAUUUUAUUCUCUCUUC